CUUAAUUUCUAUUGGUUAUUAAUAAACCCUUAGCAUAUGUAAAUUACCAAUCACACUACCCUUUCCUUCCUUGCCUCGUUAUUGAUUUAACAAUUGAUUGGUUAUUUCGCCCCCAAUCAAUUUAUUGGAACAGCGUCACGUUUUUGAUUUGAUCUUAUACCCUAACUGUAUUUGUUAACUGUUCAUGUUUAUAACAUUACAAAAAUGAGUCAAGCAUGUGACUGGAAAGACGAAAUCAUAAAGAAACAAUUGCAGAAAGAACGAGAAAGAGAUGUGGAAAAGAGAUGGGAGGAAGUAAUGUCCAAAGAUGGUGAAGGAGCGCCCGAUUGGCUUAGAGAAGCGGCUAUGAAGAAAAAGCAGAGACAAAAUUUAAAAAUGCAAGAUGAGAAUUUAGCACCGUGGAUGAAAGAAGUGCAGCGGAAGAAUGCUGGUUUGGCAAGGAAGAUAUCAGAUGUUAAAAACAUGGAAGUCGAAAACAGUACGGACUAACUGAAGCAGAUUAUUUUCAUGGUGCGUUUCCUUGUUUUCCAAUAUUCAAGAGCUGUUUGUUUGAGUUUUUGAAAACCAUUAGUGAGCUAACUUAUUCAGUAUGCUUAUGUGAACAGUCUCCAACUUUUUGCCAUGUAUGCGCAUAUAUAUAUAUAUAUAUAUAUAUAUAUAUAUAUAUGCAUAUCCCAUAAUGAUGAAUUCUUAUCUUGUACAUUAUAAUCUGUUUCACUUAAAAGCUUGGCUUACGAAAAUCAAAAUAUAUUUGUUGAUAUGAAUCCUACGUCUCUUGUUGUGUAGAGAUCUGCAUAGUUCUCAGUAAGAUAUAAUUGCAUUUCUUCUUAACCAUCUAUUUCUGCUCUUAUUAUUUUGGGGUUUGUUCGAUUCAGUUCUCCGCCCGCAAAAAUGUAGAUAAGCGUG